GCCUGCUUGAUACGUCCGCCAUUUUGGGCGCUUCGCUGAUGGUGUCGGUGAGCGCGUUUCCCGCCUGAGCGCAACUAGCGGCGGGUCGCGGGCACCUCCAGGAGAGCUUCUGUUUUGCUUCCACAUCCCACUUUACCUCUGGCUAAUCUGCUAAUGCAGUGAAUUGGAAGACAACUGUUACCAGCAUAACCUGUAAUGGGCAAGGAGCCACAGAGAAGAAAACAUUUCUUUUAAUUUUUAAACUUGGUUGAAAGGUCCCAGGUCUCUGGAGUUGGCUCACAUGCUGAUGGCAGAAAGAAUGAAGUGAAAAAAAGGACCUAAAUGUGAAAAAGACCAGCAUGUUUUGGAAAUUUGAUCUUCAUUCAUCAUCCCACAUAGACACACUUCUAGAAAGAGAAGAUGUAACACUGAAGGAGUUAAUGGAUGAGGAAGAUGUUUUACAGGAAUGUAAAGCUCAGAACCGCAAACUUAUAGAGUUUCUGUUAAAAGCAGAAUGUCUCGAAGAUUUAGUCUCAUUCAUUAUAGAAGAACCACCUCAAGACAUGGAUGAAAAGAUCAGAUACAAGUACCCAAAUAUAUCUUGUGAGUUGCUCACUUCUGAUGUCUCCCAGAUGAACGAUAGGUUGGGGGAAGACGAGUCCUUGCUCAUGAGGUUAUAUAGCUUCCUCCUAAACGACUCCCCCUUGAACCCGCUACUUGCCAGUUUCUUCAGCAAGGUGCUCAGUAUUCUUAUCAGCAGAAAACCAGAACAGAUUGUGGAUUUCUUAAAGAAGAAACGUGAUUUUGUAGACCUUAUAAUAAAGCACAUAGGAACUUCGGCCAUCAUGGAUUUGUUGCUCAGGCUCCUGACAUGCAUCGAGCCUCCACAGCCCAGGCAAGAUGUGCUGAAUUGGUUAAAUGAGGAGCAAAUUAUCCAGAGACUUGUGGAAAUAGUUCAUCCAUCGCAAGAAGAAGAUCGGCAUUCAAAUGCUUCACAGUCACUUUGUGAAAUUGUUCGCCUGAGCAGAGACCAGAUGUUACAAAUUCAGAACAGUACAGAACCAGAUCCCCUGCUUGCCACUCUAGAAAAGCAAGAAAUUAUAGAGCAGCUUCUAUCAAAUAUUUUCCACAAGGAGAAAAAUGAAUCAGCCAUAGUCAGUGCAAUCCAGAUACUGCUGACUUUACUUGAGACACGGCGGCCCACAUUUGAAGGCCAUAUAGAGAUCUGCCCACCAGGCAUGAGUCAUUCAGCUUGUUCGGUCAACAAGAGUGUUCUAGAAGCUAUCCGAGGAAGACUUGGAUCUUUUCAUGAACUCCUGCUUGAGCCACCCAAGAAAAGUGUGAUGAAGACUACGUGGGGUGUGCUGGACCCUCCGGUGGGAAAUACCCGAUUGAAUGUGAUCAGGUUGAUAUCCAGCCUCCUUCAGACAAACACCAGCAGUAUCAAUGGGGACCUCAUGGAGCUGAAUAGCAUUGGGGUUAUAUUGGACAUGUUCUUCAAAUACACAUGGAAUAACUUUUUACAUACACAAGUGGAAAUCUGUAUUGCACUGAUCCUUGCAAGUCCUUUUGAAAAUACAGAAAAUAGCACAAUUACUGAUCAAGACUCCAGUGGUGACAAUUUGUUACUAAAACAUCUUUUUCAAAAAUGUCAGCUAAUAGAACGGAUACUUGAUGCCUGGGAAAUGAAUGAGAAGAAACAGGCUGAGGGAGGCAGACGGCAUGGCUACAUGGGACACCUGACAAGGAUAGCUAACUGUAUUGUGCACAGCACUGAUAAGGGCCCCAACAGUGUGUUAGUCCAGCAGCUUAUCAAAGACCUUCCAGACACAAUCAGGGAGCGAUGGGAGGCGUUCUGCGCAAGCUCCUUGGGAGAAACUAACAAGAGGAACACGGUAGAUCUAGUUACAACCUGCCAUAUUCAUUCAUCCAGUGAUGAUGAAAUUGACUUUAAAGAAACGGGUUUCUCACAGGAUUCUUCUUUGCAGCAAGCCUUUUCUGAUUAUCAGAUGCAACAAAUGACGUCCAAUUUUAUUGACCAGUUUGGCUUCAACGAUGAGAAGUUUGCAGAUCAAGAUGACAUUGGCAAUGUUUCUUUCGAUCGGGUAUCAGACAUCAACUUUACUCUGAAUACAAAUGAAAGUGGAAAUAUUGCCUUGUUUGAAGCAUGUUGUAAGGAAAGAAUACAGCAGUUUGAUGAUGGUGGCUCUGAUGAGGAAGACAUCUGGGAGGAAAAGCACAUUGCCUUUACACCAGAAUCCCAAAGACGAUCCAGCUCGGGGAGUACAGACAGUGAAGAAAGUACAGACUCUGAAGAAGAAGACGGAGCAAAACAAGAUUUGUUUGAACCCAGUAGCACCAGUACAGAGGACAAAAUGGAGGUAGACUUGAAUGAACCACCCAACUGGUCAGCCAACUUUGAUGUCCCCAUGGAGACAACUCAUGGUGCUCCCUUAGAUUCUGUGGGUUCUGAUGUCUGGAGCACAGAGGAGCCAGUGCCAACUAAGGAGACGGGCUGGGCCUCCUUCUCAGAGUUCACAUCUUCCCUGAGUACAAAAGAUUCUUUAAGGAGUAAUUCUCCAGUGGAAAUGGAAACCAGCACUGAGCCGAUGGGCCCUCUGACUCCCAGCGUUGGCACGCUGGCCGCGCAGCCUGAAGCGCCAGCCAGUGUAGCCAUGGAAGCCAGCUCUGACGGAGAGGAGGAUACAGAAAGUACAGACAAGGUAACUGAGACAGUGAUGAAUGGCGGCAUGAAGGAAACUCUGAGCCUCACUGUAGAUGCCAAGACAGAGACCGCAGUUUUCAAAAGUGAGGAAGGAAAACUGUCUACCUCUCAAGAUGCUGCUUGUAAAGAUGUCGAGGAGAGCCCUGAGACAGCAGAGGUGAAGUCUGUGGGCCCCCGGCCCCCCAGCAGUAACCCAGAGCAGAGUCACCUAUUGCUUAGACUGAGCCAGUGGUCUGAAGGGAUAGGCCAAGCCAAAGCCUCAGCCUCCGAGGGCCGGCGCCCUGGCCCAUACACACGGCCUCGCAGGUAGAGCAAGGGCGGCCUCCGAUUGCUCCAGAGCUCGCGCCAGAAGAUGAGGAUUUGCCCUUGGACCACAAGGAACUUUGCUCAGCACUUCCCAGAGUUAACUUUUUUUGUUAUAUAUACCUAAGUUUGUACAUUCCUUGCAUAAGGAAUAAAGUAAUCUUUAAAGCCAUUUCAGAAAAGCUGUCUUUCCCCCUCACCAGAUCCUCACCCCCAAAAUCAUUGUCAUGUUAGGGGUGACAUAACCAGUGGGACCCAGCAGGGGGCACACUCUGUUCACUGGUUGAAAAACCUCUUUUGUGGCACAAAAGGCUUUUGUUUCUCAUGGGAAUUAUAGCCAGAAUGAGGAGUUUGCUUCUCUAUGAUUUAAAAAAAAAUCUUGGUGUAUAAAACAAAUCAAUUAUAAAAACUAUUUGAGCAUGUUGGCUCUAGUGAAAGCUUUGGGAGGAGGAGGCGGCAUGGUGACACUACAGCAUUGAUGGAUCCGGCCCCAGGUAUGCUUCUAAGUGUUUUGGGCAAGUCACCUUUUUUUGCCUGGGGUUUCCAGUGGAUGUUUUUUCAAGGGUAUUUUGUAGGAUAUUAUUCCCAGUCAGUUAUGUCCUUUCCCUAAUUUCUGUCUACAACAUUCCUUUAUAUUGAGAUCUGUUUAGAAAGCAGGACAAUCCAGGUCUGUUCCAAUUUCGAGUUGAUUCAGGAGUCUCUUCUUGGUUUCUCAGACAUAAAUGAUACAGGAAGCUCUGGGAUCAUUUCCUUGGCUCUCUGGAGUGCAAAAUUAUUUGCCUUGGGGGAACCUGCUUGCUCUUCUACCCACCUAGAGACGUCUGGUGUGAAGAGUCCUGCCCCUCAAUCUGCCGGACUGAGGUGGUGGGGGAAACACUGAGGAGGGCCAGUGGACGAAGACAAGGGCAUCACGUGUGUCCAUGCGUUCAUCCAUCUGUCCUUCCUCUACCCAACACACGUGAGUGUGGCAGCCAGUGGUCUAGGCCUGGGGGUAAAGCAGUAGCAUAACAGACACCCAGAUGAUCUAGGCACAUGUAGAAAGAGGUGCUGCUGGAGGAUCGGGCCAGCUGGAUGGGAGAUCAGGAGUCCCACUUAGAUGGGGCAGUGGAGAAGGCUGCUCAGAAGGUGGCAUUGAGCUGCUGUGAUGGCAGGGAGAAGGUAAGUGGUCCGGUGAGCCCAUCUGUGUUCUAAGAGCAAUGUACGGGAGGUGAAGAGAGCCACUGGGCCUUUCUGUCUGCACUUUUCCCCACGUGAUUUGUGUCACAACCAGGUAUCGGGGCCCCUUGGGUUGACAGGCGUGCACUACUGCACUUAAUGGUUUGCACUGCCACCGAAUUUAACUUUUUAACUAUUGUUUAUCAAGCACAUGCCAGCCUGUAUGCCAAGCACUUUGUAUACAUCACAUACUCCCCCACCUUUAGGGGGGUUGUUGUCCCCCUUUCACAGGGGGAGGAGCUGAACUGGGAGAGGUUAGAAGAUGGACUCGAGACCCGGCAGCUUGUGAGUGGUGAUGGUGGGAUUUGUACCCGGUGUGUCUGCUGGCAGAACCCCGGUCCCCCUGUCUCUGAGGUAUGGAGACACCAUGAAUAUAAGCAGAGUGCAUUGCUUGUGGAGUCAGCUUUUUGGCUCUCUCUUACAAUUAGCAAAUGUCUGAAGCCUUGAGCUUGUGAGCUGUGAGCUGGUCCAGAAGUACCCAUGUGCUUCUCAGUACAUCUCUAAGCACCCUUUCCCAAGCCUGCUUUGUAAAAAUCUGGGAAUGCCGCCAAGACUGAGAUCAUGACCUGAGCCAAAAUCAAAAGUUGGACAUUUAACCAACUGAGCCACCCAGGCGCCCCUAGCAUUCCCUCUUCUGUUCUCCCAACUUCAGUCCUAACACCUGCCUGGUGGGAGCACAUUUGUUAAAGGACACGCCUGUUUUCAAAAGCUGGUCCUGUUUACAAGCCUUUUUUUUCCUCUUUCAGUAGAAGAAUCCUGCUUUUCAAGUGUAAUUUAUGCGGAGUCCAAUAUAUGGAACAAAUAAAAAGCUGUUUGAAGGAGGGGAUGAGCACAUGGCUCGUGAUGGGUCUGGGAGCAACAGUCUAAAUACCACUGACCUGGUCUACAGUGUGCUUCUAGGAGGCCGAAGUGGGAUGGUUUCAUGGAACUCUGCUCUGCUACAGCCCUUGCUAAAUGCCUGUUAACCAGAGCUGAGGUGAAGCUUAGGAAGUUAGAUUUCCUGGAGUUUUUGAUUAAUGCAUUUUUGAAGCAUUCCGUUAAGUAACUAUAAGUGCCAGGCUUUGUGCUAGACAUUGCAUAAACAAUAUUAAAAUAAAUGUUCCCAUGCUCAGGGAGCUAAACCAAGUUGAUUUUCUGCCUCACAUGCCUCACAUGUCUGUCUCUUCCUCUGCAGGACUGACCAGCCAAGCAUGCCAGGCGACACAUCCGUCAAUGGCCCCGUAUGAUGAGUGACCCCUGCUGCUGCUGGCUGAGGACUGCAGGCCACCAUCGUUCAGGGCCUCUGGAGACGUCACCUGGAGCCCACCAAGCCGUCACUGCUGCACUCACUCUGCAAGGGAUCAGGACCAGCAACCUUUAUAUUCUAGAUUCUAAGACAUUGUACAGAGAAAUCCAGAAGUGUAAAAAUAUUGCACAUUGACAAAUACCAAGAAUUUUUGCGUAUGUUUAUAUUGUAUUGUUCUAAAUAAUGGGUAGCCUGUGAAAUAAGAUCGUGCCACCCAUGUAAUAAUAGUAGUAAUACUAUAGUUAAAAUGGCUGUAAGAAUAGUUUUAUAAAAGUGAAUACACAGAUCUAUUGUAUUUGAAACAUAACUAUUUGACAAUUAUUAGUGUGACCAAAGUAUUAGGCAGUUUUCAUACAUUUUUCACCUUGUACAAAAUUCUGAAUUCAUUUCUCUUCCAGGCUGGCAAGGAGAUGUGGGGUUGAAAUGCCCUCUAAGUGUUAUUUUGGUUGUUCUAACUUACAAACGUGAUUUUGAAUAAGAAAUAUUUGGUGUUCUUUUUAUAACCAGUUUUUGAUUGGUAACUGUUUUCUGUAUUGUUUUAAACGGAUCAAAAAAUGUAAGUCUAUUGGUAGAGAUUAAGUAUUUAUUGCUACAACUUAGUUGAUAAAUUGAUGUUAUUGUAAAGCCAUAUGUUCUGUUAAAGUCUUGUUUGCUUGAAAUGGUUAUUCCUACAGGUGAAACACUAGACUAUUUGGAGUGUACAUGGCUUGUGGUUUGAGUUCUUUUGUUUUUCGUUUUUGUUUUUGUUUUUUGUUUUGUUUUGGUAGUUCCUCUGCCCUUUAACCCAUUCACCAAAAUUUACCUUGUUAACAAGCAUCACCAAUGAACAUUUCUGAGCAAUUUGCAUAUUUAACAAACCUAAACCAUAUCAGGCAGGCCAGUCGAAGAAUGCUCGUGCUACGGAUGGAUUACAGCACGUUCAUUUUACAGGCUAGUGUUUCCAACUAGAAAUCAAAACCUGGCACCUAAGCAUGGUAAUUGUGCUCCUGUACCUUGUGAGGUUUCCACUCGUAACUUCUAAACCAGUGUAUUUUUUUUAGAACUGGUUUGUGUAUAUAUAUAGUGAUUAUGGAUACUAAUUCAAUGUAAUUUAUAAUUUUCUAUGUCAAUAUAAAAAUACAUCACAGCCUUCUCAAACAGCUGAAGCAAUAUAUCGUAUAUUGCCAUAUCGUCUGGGGAAAGGGUUAAAUUUCUUCACCUCUUGCACUUUUAGAUGCAGAUCAGGUUUUCAUUUCUGUAAUAGACAACUAUUCACGUAUUUUUACAUCAUUUGUUUGUCCUGACCAGUAUUUAAAACCAAAAGGAUAUUCUGAAUAAUGGCCAACGAUUUUUUUAGAACUAGCAUCCCAAGCAGCGUGCCUAAACAUUACAUUGCAUAUGGAAAUAAAAAAAAAAUCAAAUGUUUAAUGCCUUAUUUCUUAUUUACUUUUUCACUGUAAAUGGUGUAGAAAUUCUGUUUGAGGCUUACCAGGGCAGACCUGUCAAGGACAGUGGAGACUGUGGUGUGCCCUGGGAUGGACAGCAAAGGUGCCUUACUUGGCCUUUGCGCGCCUCCUCAGGAACCCUUUCUGUUGUGAGCUCCUCUCAGAAGAGACUGUCCUCAUGCAUUCUCCUCUGGAACCUAGUGCCACCAGAGGACAGGGCUCCUUUCACUUGUCUCAAGGAUGCUGACUUCCAUGGCGCCGGACCUCGGGGACCGCUGACAGAUGGUACACUAUUGUCUUGCCUGGUGAAGAGCCUUGCUGGCCACCUCCAGGGCUUGGCUCCAGGGAUGGCACUGCUGCCUCCACACAGUUUGGAUUUGGUUGGCUUUUCCAUCCCAUCUAAGGUAACAGCAUCUUGUUGCAUCCCACCUACCACUGAUGCCAGGGCACUUGAGUUUUUUCUUGGAGUAGUGUUUUGUUUAGUUUGUCUUACAUGGGAGGGAAAGGACAUAAGAAUGAAAAGAAAGUCUGUUGGGGGUGCCAGCCCAAGGGCCAGGAGCAAGUACACUCUCAUUUAGUCUCUAGUUUCUGUGUAUUGGCCUCAUUGAAUUGCGAAGCUAACAGAUGUCUACAAUACAGUUACCUGUAUUAAAAAUAACUACAACAAAAAUAAAGCCUAAUUUUUUUGUUUCUAGAAAUCUCUUGUACCUUGCUUGGGCUUUAAUAACCAGACAAGGUAUGUGGGGGCACCAUUGAUUUCUUUUUCCCUACUGUUUUAAAUUUUUUAUUUAUAUUCAGUCUAACUAACAAUGUGUAAUUAGUUUCAGAGAGAAAAUUGAGUGGUUCAUCAGUUGCAUAUAACACAGUGCUCAUUAUAUCUCGUGCCCUCCUUCAAGCUCAUCACCCAGUUACCCCAUCCAUCUCCCCACCCCACCCCCAGCAACCCUCAGUUUGUUUCCUAGAGUUAAGAGUCUCUUAUAGUUUGUCUCGUCUCUAAUUUUGUCUUAUUUUUCCUUCCUUUCCCCUGUGUUCAUCUGUUUUGUUUCCUAAAUUCUACUUAGGAGUGUAAUUAUCUGAUACUUGUCUUUCUCUGACUUAUUUCGCUUAGCAUAACAUCCUAUAGUUCGAUCUGCAUUGUUGCAAAUGGCAAGAUUUCAUUCUUUUUUUAUGACUGAGUGAUAUCUAUCACAUCUUUAUCCAUUCGUCUUUUUGGCUAUUAUGGACAUUGCUGCGAUAGCACCAUUAAUUUUUAAUGGUCAGGGCUUCCUGACAAAGCUCACAGGCUGUAUUUCAUAUCCCGAGUUAAGGGUAUGCCAUCCCUAGUGUCAGGGACUCAUCUUGCCCACAAGUGUUCAGUGGGUGUACUUCUGACAGAAUUGCCACUAGCUCUUUCAAUGGUUUAUCUGGUCUCUAGCUUCUCACCUGCUCCAUGGGUUGCACUUCUCCAAUCUGUAUUCUUGGCUUCCAGCCCUACCAGUAGUGUGACUCUUCGGUGAUAAAAUUUCUCAGGUUUUCCAUUAUGAUGUUUAACAUGCAGUACUACCUCACAGCUGCUUGGUUUUCACUCUCCUUCCACCUGUUCACAUAAACAAGUAUGGUUCCUGAUCCCCAGAACCUGUCUUCACCAGGGGUUUCUGUGCUGGUCCAGGCACAUGCCUCUGCAUACCAGGGCUCUGAGGGCAUCCCUCCGGGUGAUCAAGGGCAGGGCUCCAAAGACAGGGGCUUGUGUUCUCAUUCCACCUCACCCUCUCAUAAGGACUGAUUUCUCUUUGUCUCAGCUGCUUUUCCUGCCAGAAUGGGACUUGAUAAAUUUACAGGCCUAAAAGUAGAAUUGUUCUUGCGUAUGGUAAAUGGUUAAUAAAUGUUAGUGUUAACUCUUUGCUUACUUCUCAGCCUCAUAAAGUCACAGCUAACCUUUCUAAUCCUGGCUUAGAACCUGCUGUUGUACUUAAAACCCGUGCCUCCUGAAAACUCACGCUGCUUCACUCCAGUCAGGUGGCUCCAGGGGUCUGCUACAUCCCAUGUGCCAGCUCAAGCCCAUCACCUGUAUUUACAGGUAGCUUUACUGGAACAGCGUAUUCAUAUGCUGUUGAUCACCACUUGACUCAUUGCACACCCUGUGUUCUUUCUUCACUUUGAUGUACUUUCCUCUUUCUCAAUCUCACUCCCAUCCGUGUAAAUCCCUUUUCAGUCAUUAAUUUUCAGCAUUCAGCAUAUGCUGGCUCCUUUUGCCUUCACCAUCUCCACUAGUUACUCAGAACUUACCAAAGAGAGAUGACACAGCGCUGCCUUUGCAGUGAUCUCGAUCCCCCCCCCCCCACCACCAGAUAUGUUCUGCAUGCAUCAAAGGCAAGGACCAUGGCGACUGACAGUGCUGCUGCAUGUUGCUUUAGGUGAGGCAUUUGGUUUAGUUUGGUUUUGAUUUUCCUGGAGGAUUCUCUACUUGUUAAAUAGAAUAGAGAGUCCUUACUGUAUGCCAGCUCUGUUCUAAGUGCUUUAUGUGCAUUCACUUUACUUCACAGUGGUUUUAUGAGCUAGAUAGCUGCUGUCAUUUUAUACAUGCACAAGAGAGGUACAAGUGAACUGGUUUUUUUCCAAGGAUGCCCAGCUAGCAAGUGACAGAGUUGUCAAGAUUAAGUGUAACAAUAUUCUAUGUAGUAGAAUAAUACUUGACUGUAAAUGUGCAUUUAAUAUUAGCUGUUAGUAUACUCCUAGGCAAAGCCUUUUGCCUUGUUUUGUUUUGCUUAGAAUUUGACAGUUUAAUUUCAAAGUAGCACAACAAAUGGAGAUUGGCUGCAUGGCAUGUUUGAUAGCCAAACAGUAGAAAUGUUAACAAAGACUGAAUAGUGCUCAAAACAGUUCUGAAGCAGAUCAGUGUGCAUGUGAGAAUUAAAUUUGAAGAGUGAACUCACAGGAAUAAAGACCUUUAGGUGACUUCUGGGACUGCCCCCACCUGCUGCUGGACCUGACCCCCAUUGGCUGUUCUCAUGAUCCACUGGUAGAGUUGAGUAGUUGCAGCUGAAACCAUGGAGCCUACAGACCCCAGGAUGACUCUUGGCCCCUUACAGAGAGGUUGCCAGCCCCUGAAGUAGAUCAAGGAGAUGGAGUAGAAUCUGCAAAUAGAACCACAAAUGCAGUUACUUGGCUUUCAGCAGCAUUGCCAAGGCAGUGACAUGAGGAAGUCUUUUCAGCCCCUAACUAACAAUUGGGGAUUUGUAUGGGAAGAAAUGAACAUUGACUACUACCAUCCACCUUCUACAAAAACUAAUUCAGAGUAGGUUCGAAGUCUUAAACAUAAGCACUUCAGCUUCUAAAAGAAAACAUGAAUAUCUAAACCGCUUUGGAAUGAGCAAAGUUUUCUUAGAACACAAAGCACAAGUCACAGAAGAAAAAUGCAGUGGGAUUUUACCACAAUGAAAUUUUUCUGUUCUUCAGAAUGAACAAGUAGGCCUUGGCCUGCCAUGAAGAAAAUGAUCUCUGGGUGCCCUAAUAAAGGACUCAUCCCCUGAAGAUAGAAAAAUGCAAAUCAAAAAUAAGAUGGAAAACCCAGUUUAACAAAUGGGCAGGAGACAGCAUCACAAAGAAGGUACAUGAGUGGCCAAGAAUAUGAAAAAUCAUUCAGUGUCAAUAGUCUUCCAGGAAUGCAAAUUAAAAACACAAAAAGCAUUUCCCAUCUGAUAGAAUGGUUAAAGUUAAAAAAAAAAAACAAAACUGAUACCAAGUACUGAUGAGAAUGUAAAGCCACUGGGACUCACAUUGCUGUCUAAAAGAAGGCAUCCAACAUGGAAAUCUGUUGGGCAAGGUUCCAGUUUUUUAAAUUGGGGCUAUUUCUACCUUAUGACUUGGCCAUUCUAGAUAUUCAUCCAAGAGAAAUGAAAAUUUUUAUCCACAGAUGAUAGACCAGCAUAUUUAUUGUUGCUUUAUUCAUAAUGACAAAAGAUUAAAAACAUGUCCAAAAGCAGGAAAAUGGUUAAGUGGGUUAUGGCAUAUUAAUACAUAGAAUAUCACUCAGCAAUAAAUAGGAACUAUGAUAAGUGCAACAUAGUAUUAUCAAUCUUAAACAUCAAAGGAAAAGAGCGAGACACGUAAGCAAGAGUACUUUAUGUGAAGCUCUAAAACCAAUCAGACUGACAAGGCUAGAAAUGAGAACAUGGUUUGUUCCUGAAGGAGAAGGGAGGGAUUAACUGUAAAGGGGCCCAAGGAAACUUGGAUCUUCUGUGAUGGAGGUUACAUGACUGUAGACAUUUGUCAAAACUCACUGAACUCAACACCUGAAAUCUAUGCACUUUAUUACACGUAAUUUAUACCUUAAUUUUUUUUUUAAGAUAGGGAAAAGGAGCAAAAAAUAAAGCAAACACUGAACAUCAUUAGGGAGGACACAUUGCCCUUGUCGCAUGGUGACCAGGGCAUUCCCUUUCCUCCCCAGCAGAAGAGAAGAGGCCAGAUCUUGGUGGAUUUGGGAAGAGGACCUGAGCAUGCUUGGGUCAGCAUUUUCUGGAAUCCAGCCUAGAUUUGUCUGCCCAUGAUAUAUUCUCGGUUACCCGUCACCAUACAAUAAUCUUUCUGUCCUUGGAGAUAGAGGUUUGCAUUUGUCCAAUGCCUGUUCCGGGUGGGUAAAUGUGUUUAACCCAAGGAUCAAGUGUUAGGAAACACCCAAACCAUGUUCUUCAAAACAGGUUCAUUAAUAAAACGAAUGUUGUAAAUCCA